AUUAUUUAUAUUUAAAUGAUGAGAAUAUGUGAUAGCGGUAAAGAUAUUAUUAUAUAAAAAUAUUUAUGUGUAAUAAACGAAUAGACACUUAUUUCUCAAUGAAUUUUGUGCUGAACUGUGAUAAAGAACUGAUCUAUUGAAAAUAAAUAAAAGGAAAAAUAACAACAUGGAACACAUAAGACAAUUUGAUUGGUGUUACUCUGAACAUGAAAAUUAUUUUGUAAGAGAAAAUGAUCUGGACAGCUGUGUGACAGAGAGGAUACUAAGGAAUAAAUUCCGAGACCCGCUAAUUUCCAGCGAAUCAGAAGAUGAAAAACCUACAUUCAAUUGGAAUGAGAUAUUAGCAAAGCAAGAAAUGAACAAUGCACAACACAGAGUGUUUGUACCUGGAUUCCGUAACAUACUGCCUCACCCUAAGCUUUCCAAUCUGACGAAGUCACAGCACUUUCAAUGUCUAAAGGUGCUCUGUGCUAAAAAUCCUAACAUAUUGCCAAAAGAAUUUAUACCACCACCAAAGAAUUUUGAUUAUAAAGUUUUUCAAGAAGUACAAAAAGCUUACUCUGAGGAACAGAAGGAAUUUGUAGUGUGGGCUAAAACUCUGUGGACAACAAACCAUUGUAUAAGAGCUCUCAGACCAAAGCCCCUUGUGGAAACAAUAUAUGAGGCAGAGUUUUCAAUAAGGGCAAAACAAAUGGAAUCAUUUCCUAAGAAUUAUACAAUAGCUGCACAAAUACCGUUAGAGUCAAGAAAUGACAAGUAUGAAAUGAUACACGAGAAAGAAUUAAUAAGUGUGGAUAUAAACAGCUUACCACAGAUAAGCGAUCCCCAGCCUAUCAAGAAGAAGCUGACCAUCAUGAUACCAAGAGCUGUACCGGAGCCAUGUACAAAGCACCCAUGCAGAAUUGUAUUACCAUACGAGUCCUCCAACACAACUCUGCCACUGACAGAGGUGCACUUCGCACUGGCUCAGUACGCGGUGGAGCAAGGUGCGUCAUGUGUGGCCGAUGAGAACGCGCUUAUCUGUCUGCUGCGGACGGACAGGCACUGGACUUUUUCUCUAUCUGUCUGCGAAGUUGUUACAGCAGAGGGUAGCCGUCAGAGUGUGGUGGUGCUGGGAGGAGAGCUGUCAGUGCAGCGUCAGUGCGCGCAGACUCGCACGCACACAGCUUACACACAUCUGCUGACACACGCCCUCGUACCGGAUGAAGAAAAAGCAAAACUAUAUUACAAGGGCAAAGAAACAGCAGCGAACAAUAUGAAUACUUUCACAGAUCUGUGUCAAGAUUCGGACGACUCUAGUGACGAUGAUUGUCCCCUGUACAUUGUUGCGGAAGAAAUAAAGCAAGCAAAUAAUACUGAUACUGACGAAGUGACCGAUGAGAAAAAAUCUUCAACAAACGACUCUAUAUCCAAUGAAGAAAAUACAAACUCGAAAACUAAACUAAAAGAAGAUGAUGAUCUUUACAAAUGUACCUGCCAAGGUACGAUAUUCGAGCGUCCGCCGCCGCGCUCCUUCAACAAAUGGCGGUUUAAAAACAUUACCAAUGCGGAUAACUUCAGUAUUAUUGUGCACUGCUCACACAAACUUAAGGACUCAAUGGGCGAGGUGGUAGUGGAGCCCGUGCUGGAGUACCAGCUGGAGCUGGGCGCCAGCGCGCUCUCCCCGCACUCCACCGCCAGCCUGGCGCUCGCCCUCAUGCUGAGGAGGCGCGCCUCGCUCCUCACUGUGCGAGUGGACGGUCAGUCGGGCGAGGUGGUGCGCCUCGACACCACCAGUCUGGAGGAGCUGAGGGGGGACAACCCGGCGGCGAGCGAGGCGGCCGCUGCGCACACGCUGGCCACCACGCUGGCCCAGCUGCGGGGACUGCGACCCGGACACUAUUUGCUCAAGCACGAGCCUAGCCACGGCAUGAACGCGCUACUGUACCGGCCGUGCGGUGCGGGUGAGGUGGGCGGGGUUGGCGAGGAGGGCGGGGCGAGCGCGGCGGAGGGCGUGUCUGAGCGCGAGCGGCUGGAGUUCAGCUGCGAGCAGCGCGCGGACGCGGACGAGGCGCAGGCGGUGCGCGUGCCGCCCGACAUCGUGCCGCUGCUGCUGCCGCUGCACAAGUUGCGCAGGACGCUGCCGUGCGCGUUCACCCCGCACGAGCUGCAGGUGGCCAAGGAGAGCAAGAAGCCCGCCGCACGACAGAAACCUCCGCCGCAGGCAAUCACGUUGGGCGCGCAGGAGGAGGGCGCGGGGAACACUAAGGUACCGCGGCGACCGCGACCGCGACCGCGACUGCGACCGCUCGCUUGUCUUAGGGUUAGCGCGAGGCCCCGCUCUGCGUUAAGUAUCCACCGCGUCGACGCUUCACCUCGCCCUUCGCCGCACACAACCAUACGCAACUUGCAAUGUCAAACUGUCAAAAGACGACUGUCAUAUCGACUAUAGAUGACUCCCCCCCCCCACUCUUACAAUACAAUA